UACGACUGUGUGUAUUUGCGUGCCUGUGUGUGUAUGAGUGCGUGUGUGUGUAUUCAUCCCAUCAGGGUGCGGUUCAAAAGGGGAAGGGUGUGUCUGCCAGCUACCUUCUGACACACUCUGUAGCCCAGGUGAGACAGUGUUUAUAAGGACACAUCCAAGAACCCACACACACAUUUAGACAGACAGAUUCUGAACAGCACACACACACACGCGUGUCCACAUACAUACACCUACAACUGAAUUUCUCAUAGCAGGAAACAAAGAUGUGGAUUUUAUUCCAGCUAGCAGCCCUGACUGCAGUGGCUGCGACACAGAGGGACUGUUCUCGGGGGGCCUGUUACCCCCCUAUGGGAGACCUGCUCCUCGGUAGGGACCGUCAGCUCCACGCCUCCUCCACCUGCGGCCUCACCGGCUCGGAGGUCUUUUGCACCCCCUUCGGACAGUCGAAGAUGAAGUGUUGUCCCUGUGACUCCAGGAACCCAUCCAGUCAGUUGGCUCACACCAUCCAGGAUGUUCUAUCCACUGCUGGACCCAACAGGUGGUGGCAGGCCAGGAAAGACGUGAGUCCGGUCACCGUACAGUUGGACCUACAGAACCUGUUUCAGCUGGACACCCUCAUUCUGACAUUCAAGGGUCCUCGUCCCAGCGCGCUGGUGGUGGAGAGGACGCUGGAUAACGGUAAAACAUGGCAACCUGCUCUCUACAUGGCCUCCGACUGCAGAUCGGCCUUCCCUGGCAUUGCCAUGAUUACGCCACGUUCCCUGGACCAGACAUAUUGUUACACUCUGCCCCCCGCCACCACUAACCCCUACCAGGACCAGACGAUUCAAUUCAGCCCCUUGCGUCAGUUCUCUACCAUCAGCGUCCCCAAUGGGCAGAAGAUUCAAGAGGUAUCAGGAUUGUCAGGCCUGCGAGUGAGGAUGACUAAUCUGGGUGCUGUGCCCCGCCUGCCGGGCCGCGCUCCCUCUCUGUUCUACGCCCUCAGAGAGAUGAGAGUGAUGGGCACCUGCCUCUGCCACGGCCAUGCCAACCGCUGUCUGCAAGAUACUAACCAGCUACCUAACACACAGGUCAGUGCUCAGUGUGAAUGCCAACACAACACAGCGGGUAUAAACUGUGAGCGCUGUGCAGAUCUUUACAACGACCUGCCCUGGAGACCUGCAGAGGAGGGGGACACACAUACCUGCAAACGUUGUGAGUGUAACAACCAUUCCCAGCGGUGCCGUUUCGACCCAGAUGUGUAUGAGUCGAGCGGACGGAGGAGUGGGGGUAUGUGUGAGAGCUGUCUUCACCACACGACUGGACCCAAGUGUGACCGCUGUGCCCCUGGAUACCAACCCAAUCACCGGAGCAGCAUGGACCGGCCUGAUGCCUGCAUACGCUGUCAUUGCAGUGCUGAGGGGGUGGAGAAUGGGGAUCAGUGUGAUGACAUCACAGGGUCCUGUCGCUGUAAGGCCAAUGUUGAUGGAUCGCAAUGUGACCGCUGCAAGAUGGGAUACUACGGUCUGACCGCCUCCAACCCUCUGGGCUGCAACAAGUGCCUGUGCAGUAAAGAGGGCUCCCUGUCCAGUGUGUGUGACCCUGUGAGUGGUCAGUGUCCUUGCCAACCUCAUCUCCAGGGGCUGACCUGUGAGCUGUGUUCCCAUGGUUACUGGAAUCCAUCCUCUCCCCGUGGUUGUGAGCCCUGUCGCUGUGACCCCACCAACUCCCACGGUGACACCUGUGACCAGAGUACGGGUCAGUGCCAGUGCAGGUCAGGGUUCGGAGGUCGUACCUGUACAGAAUGUCCUGACAACACCUACGGAGACCCACUCAUUGGCUGCAGAUCGUGUCAGUGUGCUGCUGGGGGCACAAAGCCUGGAGGCUGUGAUAAGCGUACGGGGGCCUGCCGGUGCCGGCUGGGUGUCACAGGUGCCCGUUGCGAUGCCUGUACCCGUGGCCACUGUGACUCCUUCCCUGACUGUGAGGUCUGCCCCUCCUGCUUUUUCUCUCUGGACUCAAACAUCCAGAACCUCACCCUGGGCCUGGAGAGACUCUCCUCCAGGAUUCCCUCUCUUCCUGGGGGCUCGUUACCUACCAGUCUGGGUCCCCGCAUCAGAACCCUGGAGGCCACUCUCACCCAGAUACGAGACUCUCUCCCACUGCCACCUUCCUCUGCCAGACAAGUCAACGACGCCCUCUCUCAGCUCCGCAGGCUAAGGGUCCAGUUGGAUCAGGUGGAUGGAGAUUUGUCACCCCAAGGCCGAGCCCCUGAGCUAGGCACGCAGCUGGACGAACUCCAGGCUCUACUGGACGGCCUGGGUCUGGUGUACAACACCAAGAGAGAUGCUCUCAGGAACUCUGUCAACUCCAACAAUGCAGGGGCCUUUUCAUCCAUAAAGGAUGCCUAUGACGAGUCAACUGACUCUGCCAAAAGUGUUGAUGCUAGUGGGAAGACUGUAGACCAGUCAAAAGCAGUCAGAAAAGACGCCAUUGACCUCCAGAACCAGGUCCAACCAGCCAACACCAGAGACCUGGAGAAACUCAACCACCAGCUGAAAACCAAACCUGACCUCACACCCACUGCCAAGCAGGUGUGUGGCAGCAUGCGCUUUGCCCCCUGUACCCCUGCUCAGUGUGAUGGUGAGCUGUGCCCUGCAGAGGGGGCGCCCCCCUGUGGCCGUGGGGAGAGUUGUGUUGGGGCUCUGCCUCUGGGGACCCGGGCUGUGAGUGAUGCUGAGGAGGUGAAAGACAGACUGAAGCAGCUCAAUGGGAAGAUCACACAGGCCGCUGCACAGAUCCAGGAAACACAGGACACAGCCAAUAAGGUCAGACAGUCCACAGACGAUCUGGACAAUCAGAUGAGGCGGGCCAGGGAUGACCUGGAUGCAGAUCUGCAGGAGACGAGAGACUUUGUUAAAGAGCUGAAGGACUUCCUGUCAGACCCAUCAUCAGACCCGACACACAUCAGCACAGUGAGUGAGUGGAUCCUGAAUGCCAAGCUGCCUGUCAGUCUGGCUACUCUGAAGAGGAAGCUCCAGGAGAUCAGAGACCUGGCGGCAGGACUCCCAGACAGCACUGCGGUCUUGGACCAGGCUGGACCACAGCUCGACAUCGCCCGGCGCCUGCUACAGGAGGCCCGGGACGCCAGGGACGCAGCGCUGGGUGUGAAGGAUGAUGUUGACGGGCUGUUGGAGGGCUUCACUACAGUGGAGGGCUCCCUCUCUGGCCUGGAGGAAAAAGUGCAGGAGAGCCUGGACAUAGUGGAUGACAUCAGCAGCAACCUCACACAGACCAAGGCCCAGUUGUCUCCAGCGGUGAAGGUGCUAGGGGAGGUGUCUGCCCUGGCUGAGGGGAUGAAGCCUCAGCUGGAGGGGCUCAGGGCUCUGGUGCGCUCUGGAGAUAUGCUGGCCCAGAAUGCAACAGAAGAGGCCGAUAAAGCUAAGAGGGAGGCAGACGCUGCGGCCAAGGAGCUGGCAUCGCUGGAGAAGCAGUUGGAGCAGCUGCGUGCUGCAGAGAGGACCAGUGGGCGUGGCGAUGGGACGGGGACAGCAGGGGCUCGUCUCCAGAAGCUGCAGGAGGAGGCUGGUUCUCUGGCUCAGGACACUGGAGACAUGAUAAAGGCACUAGCAGGUAAAGCAGACUCUCUGAAUAGUCUACAGGAUGAGGUCCUACUGAAGUCCCAGAGGCUGACUGGCCUGGAAGCCAAACUGCUGGACCUUCUGGCUGACAUGAGACAGAAAGUCACGAUCUUCUCCACCUGCCAGGGCUGAGGUCAAAGUGCAGAGAUCAUCCUCACAUAGUCUGUUCUUUGGGAUAGAGGAGCGAUGUUACAUAUUUAUUUUGUUCCAAUUUUGUAGAAUGAAUGUCCCAAUAAAAAGCUUUAUUAUUGA